CCUAAAUAACUUUGAAAGUUCUCCAACUUACAUCUAUAUUGCUUUCGUCCGUCAAAUAUUGUUCCUUAGGGCGUGCUUUACUUUGCAUCCAGGCGCAUAAUCAUCAUGGAAGACAAGACCAUUGUCCUCAUAACUGGAGCGAACAGCGGGAUUGGAUACGCCGCUUCAAAGAUCAUAUCGUCAGCCUCUUCGAAUUAUCGCAUCCUUAUGGCUGGCCGUUCGCUGCCCAAAGUCGAAGCCGCGAUCAAAUCGCUAAAAUCAGAAGCCAACAUCAAGGGCGAGCUGACGCCGCUAGAGCUCGAUGUCACUUCCGAGGCCAGCAUCGCUGCCGCAGCCAAGAAGGUCGAGCGAGAGUUCGGCCAUGUCGACGUGCUCAUCAACAACGCCGGCGUCGCGCAAUCGUCCGAGCCGAGCUACAAAGCGCAGAUUAACGCCAUAACCGAAACCAACAUCACCGGUCCGCUGCUGGUGUGUGAGCAAUUUAUGCCGCUCGUGCUAAAGAGCAAGAAUCCCUACUCCAUCUUCGUCAGCAGCAGCCUGGCCAGUCUCGGUUUGGCAACUACGCCCGGAAGUCACUACGACAGCGACAUGUGGCAGGUGUACCGCAUGACGAAAUCAGCGCUCAACAUGAUCGCCGUCACUGAGCAGCACAAGUGGGCUUCGAAAGGCGUCAAGGUGUUCCCAAUGUGUCCUGGACUCGUCAGGAGCAACUUGAGGGGGACCGAGGAGGAGAAUGUCAGUGCCGGCGGCCGAGCAGGCAGCGCAGACGUCAGUGGAGAGACAAUGCUCAGUAUCAUAGAAGGGAAGAGAGAUGCCGAUGUGGGCAAGUUCGUACACAAAGAUGGUGUUCACGCGUGGUGAACACAUGUAUCCCGGUUGACUUAGAGAGGUUUAGUAUCCUUGAAACGUCUGUGGUAAAAUUGUGGAGAGGUCUGGGGACUGCCUCGCAAUAAGACAGCAACAAUUAAG